ACAGUCCCCGUAGUCUCUCUUUUCAUCUCUUUCUUCAUUGUCUUCCCCUGAGCAGCCAUGUACAGGCCGGUGCUGAUGCCUUACAGCUGCCACUCUCCACGGUGGCGGUGGCGGCAGACAUGGGGGCGUUUGAUUGCUCUUCUGACUAUAUGGAUAUGUGCGUCAGUGAGCCUCCGGUACGGUUACUACGGGGACCGUCGAAUGGUGCUUGGACCCAGCUCGUCGCGACUGAUAAGGGCGAGCUCUCUGUUCGUGGAGCAGGUCGAAGCUAGAGACGAUGAGCGGAAAGGGGUUCUUCUUUAUGGGUUCUCGGAGAAGCCGGAGUUGAGUCAGGAAACGAAUUGGAGCGCGUCUAAUUAUCUGAUUGUGGGAUCCCAGAACCGCAAGGAGUUUUCGUUGUGGUUAAACAAGGGUUCUAAGAUCCGAAUGAGAUGGGAAACUCAAACAAGUAGAUUAGAUCAGCUUCAAGUGAUUAUGAUUAAAGGAGAGCAGAAGCAUGCUGAAACAUUGCUGCCGCACUUGACAAGUUCAUUUGAUGCCCCUGCUCUGAGUGAACCGCUGAGUAGAAAAGAUACAGAGUACACCAUUGAGGAAGAUAACAAGUACAAUGUAAGAGUGACCAAUAAGAACCAUAGAAGCAUAAAUAUAUCCAUGACUUUGAAUGUUACAUCCAGGAUGUAUGAUCUAACAAAAGCAAAGAACAUUUGUUCCACACAGACAGGAUCCUGCCAACUAAAACUUAGGUUUCCCAACACCCAGUUCCUUGUACUUACAACUCCUGACAAUGUUGACGUUGGUGGCUGGUAUAUUGAGCUGUCUUUUGUUGCUCGAGUAAUAACAUACAUAGCAAUUUUAGGCUUUUUCAUAGCUAUAAUUUUCUGGUUAUUGAAAUACCUUGGGGCAUGUGAUGCUGGGGAGAGCGUAGUUGAUACAGCACCAAUGGAGAUACAAUAUGAUUAUGAUAGGACUAUAGCCACUGAGACCACCCCCAUGCUAACAGAAAAGCACUUGCGAGCCACCUAUGGAACUGGAAAAGAACGUGAAGAUGAUGAUGAAACGGGGUCAUCUAGUAGCUCUUCGGAGGACCUAUAUGAUGCAAAACUAUGUGUAAUAUGCUACGAUGAUCAGCGCAACUGCUUCUUUGUUCCUUGUGGUCAUUGUGCCACCUGCUACAAUUGUGCUCAGAGGAUACUGAGUGAGGAUAACAAGAUGUGUCCAAUAUGCCGAAGGCUUAUUCAUAAAGUAAGGAGAUUGUUUACCCCUUAGACUUCAAAUUAAAACAUUGGAUCAACAAAUUCAUUUCGCCCAUCAGUUCUUAUACAAAGGAUUGUACGCCAAUGUAGUUUUUGUUUGAGUUGUUGGCUUGGCCUUGAAUCCUGAUUUUAACUCAUGUAAGUAGCUUCUUAUUUCUACAUUCAUGCGACAGAGAAAUGUCGAUUCUAGAGGUUUUUCUCUUCUCUUCUCAGAUCUUUAUUACUUGAGAAAGAGUAAUCAUGUGUUGCAGAGUGAUUGUAAUGUGCUUGGUUUAUCUUAUUCAUAUGGUAUUUUUUUUCCCUCCAUAAAUUUAUGAGAAUCAG